AUGCCGCUGCCAGCCAGGGAAAUGCUGGAGAUACACCUAGUGGAGCAGAAGAUCCCGCUCCCGCUGCGACCGACAGCCAUACCCGGCACCGUGGCUGGGACAGUGGCUGGCUCCUCAGUUGGCCUUCUGGACUCCCUGGGCCUAUCAUCAGAACCAGGGGAAGAGCCAGGGUUCCAGACUGGCCUUGGUGGCCUCGGCAUCCUUUGGGCCACCACGCACACCCUCCACACUGCUGCAGUGGACCCAUCUGGCAACUGCAUUGAUGUCGAAGAUCUUGGCACCAACCACAACAUCAAUGAUUGCUGCACCAUCCUUGUCUCCAUCUGCGGCACCGCCAUAGUCAUCAACUGCAGAUUCGCCCACGGCACCACCAACCGUGGCACCACCAGAGACAUCGACUGCGGCACCGCCAUUGUCAUCAACCAUGGCACCGCCAGUGACACUGACUGCGGGACCGCCCACAGAACCGUCCGUGGCACCGACCUCCGCACCAUCCACGGCAUGGCAGUGGCUGGCUUAGAAACUGCUCCAGCCUUAGAGGACAGUAGGGUCCUACAGCAGCUGCUGAGACGGGUGACCCAGAACCUGAACUUUAAACCUGAGGAGGUGGUGGAGGAGGCCGACCCAAUGGUCAACAUUCUUUCCCCUCCAGGGCCAUCCCAUAUUGUGCUGCCGCUGAUUAAAACCAUCAGCGAUGCCACGAAGACCCAGUGGCAGACCCCAUCCUCGUUGCCGCCUACCGCCAAGAGAAAACUCACCAACCCUCAGGCGGCUGUGGACGCCGUGGACCCGGAUUAUGCUGUCGACGAACAGCCAACUGUGGAAACUGACUGGGAUGCCAAGCCACUGCCAGCCAGGGAAAUGCCAGAGAUGCACCUAACGGAAUAUUUCCAGCUGUUGCAUUUCUGGAGUGUGGGUGCUACUGAACUGAAACACCGCAUCCAUGACCUGCUGGAGAACUGGGAAGACACGUCCUACUCCCAGAGUGGCCAGAGAGACCAGAGCGACCAGAGCUACCAGAGCCUGCCCCGCAGCUGCAAGGAAAUUAAAGCCACCCGUACCGGGGCUGGAGAUGGGAUUUAAACCCUGCGCACCAAGAACGGCGAGACCUACCAGACCUUCUGCGACAUGACCACUAAGGGGGGCGGCUGGACCCUGGUGGCCAGCGUGCACGAGAACAACGCCUACGGCAAGUGCACCAAUGGCGAUCGCUGGUCCAGCCAGCAGGGGAACAAUGUCAACUACCCAGAGGGAGACGGCAACUGGGCCAAUUACAACACCUUCGGCUCUGCGGUGGGCUCCACCAGCGAUGACUACAAGAGCCCUGGUUAUUACGAUCUCCAAGCCCAGGACCUGUCCGUGUGGCAUGUAACCAACAAGACGCCGCUGAAGGAAUGGAAGAACAAGUCCAUCCUGAGGUACCACACCGAGACCAGCUUGCUGUCCUCAGAAGGGGGGAACCUCCUCAAACUCUACCAGAAAUACCCAGUGAAAUACGGCACCGGCGUCUGCAAGACUGACAAUGGCCCCGCCGUGCCCAUCAUCUACGACUAUGGCGAUGCCCAGCAAACCGCCAACUAUUACUCUCCAGAUGCCCGAAAUGAAUAUGUUCCCGGCUACAUCCAGUUCCGCGUCUUUAAUGCUGAGAAGGCGCCCAUGGCUCUGUGUGCUGGGCUGAAAGUCACCGGCUGUAACACCGAGCAUUACUGCAUAGGUGGAGGAGGGUUCUUCCCAGAAGGGAACCCAAUUCAGUGCGGCGAUUUCCCUGCCUUUGACUGGAAUGGCUACGGAACCCAUCAGCACUGGAGCCUAUCCAAGGAGAUGAUUGAAUCCGCAGUGCUGCUGUUCUACCGCUGAGUCCGGAAAGGCUGGUGUGACCCAGUGAACGACGCUGCUUCGCUCCAGCCACAGCUGCUCCCUGGGAGGAGAAUUAUGGCCUCAGCUGUGGUCAUCUGUGAUUCAAAUAAAGAAAGUGAAGUGGG